UGUUUGUGUUUCCACCAUUCGAUGGAUGAAAAUGAGAGCAAAGCGUGCGACGACGAGCACCCGACGGACAACGGACCGCUAAAACCGAUCGAACGCAAGGUCCUCGUGCACGUCGUCGACGGUCUCGUCAUCGAGGAGUCGAAACAACCGUUCGAUGACGUCACGACUCCACUCAUCAUCGGCAGGAGCCGCGAGCGCAUGAGGACAAUCGUUCCACGCGUGCGCAGAGCGCGUGGCGGACGAAGUCUGGACAAGAGCGCGUCGAAUCUGUCGAGAGUGAAGUGCGAGAGCUGCGGCACGUACGGCACGAGUCGGACGUUUCUAAAAUCGGGCCGCUUCUGUAGUAUAACGUGUAGUAAGAGAUACAGACUCAAACAGUCGCCUCAAGGGCGCGCCAGAUAUUUACAUCCGGGAUCUACUGUACAUUCGGGAUCCACCCUACAUCCGGGAGCUCCAACACAUACGGGAUCUUCGAGAAACCGAUUAGCUGUGACGUCAUCGAGGGUUGUAACCCGGCGCGCGCAGCCCGGGGAUUUCCCGUCAGGGAGUGCCGUCAGUCGGAUGGUGAGCGAGUAUCACGUGCCGGCUUCUCGGGUGUUUAGUUCGUCGGAGCUGUCGAUAUCGUUACCGUCGGAGUUGAUAUCGAGUAACCCGUCGGGUUGGGUGUCUCAGAAUGUGGCUAGUUUUAUCAAUGCCGUUGGAUUCAACGAGUACGUGCAGGCGUUUCUCGACGACGACAUCGAUGGAGAGUCGCUGCUUUUGUUAAAACUGGAGCAUCUGGUCGACGUCAUGAGGCUACCCGUGGGCGUGGCACUUAAGAUUAAUUCUCAUAUUGCGAAACUGUUUAACGUGGGCUCGUUGCUCGCGUAGGCUAAAAUGUAGUGCAUGAAACAAAAUAGUUGUAACAAAAAUCAUUUUCA